AUGCCGUACAUCAAACAGGAGGCAGAGCCAGAGACCCCCGACAUGAAAGAAGAAGACCAGGAAGCUGAAAUCUCGCAAUUUCCAUUGACUGUCAUUUUGAAGAGCGAAGAAGACGAAAGUCCAAGCGAAGAGACAGGAGCAGCGAACCCCUCGAGCGACAGCUCAUUUAAGCACUUGACAACAAAAGGAGAGGAAGGAACGCAACCGGACAGCCUCUUAGCUCCGCUUUCGGACAGCGACGACAUAACGUCACAUUCUUCUGACUUUAAUACUGCACACAUGCGUACACACACCGGGGAGAAGCCUUUUCUCUGCACAUCUUGUGGUAAACAAUUCACUCAGAAGAGAGAUUUAAAGAAACACACACACAGCCACACUGGAAAGAAGCCUUUCGCCUGCACACUCUGCGAUAAAAGAUUCACUCAGAAGACUGAUUUAGAAAGGCAUAAGCGUACACACACUGGAGAGAAGCCUUUUGCCUGCUCAUUUUGUGGUAAAAGAUACGCUCAAAAAGGAACUUUAGUAACGCACGAACGCACACACACUGGAGAGAAGCCUUUCGCCUGCACACUUUGUGAUAAAAGAUUUUCCCAGCAGACUCAUUUAAAAAUACAUAAGCGCACACACACUGGAGAAAAACCUUACGCAUGCUCACUUUGUGGUAAAAGAUACACUCAGAAGACUGAUUUAGUAAGACAUAAGCGCACACACACUGGAGAAAAGCCUUUUCCAUGCACACUUUGUGGUAAAGGAUUCGCUAAGAAAAGAACUUUAAGUAAUUUAGAAACGCAUAUGCGUACACACACUGGAGAGAAGCCUUUUGCCUGCUCAUUUUGUGGUAAAAGAUACGCUCAAAAAGGAACUUUAGUAACGCACGCACGCACACACACUGGAGAGAAGCCUUUCGCCUGCACACUUUGUGAUAAAAGAUUUUCCCAGCAGACUCAUUUAAAAAUACAUAAGCGCACACAUACUGGAGAAAAACCUUAUGCAUGCUCACUUUGUGGUAAAAGAUACACUCAGAAGACUGAUUUAGGUUUGCUCCAUGAGCUCGGCGCGCGCUGGCGCAUUAGUAUCACUGGACCCACGUUUGACAGACGUGCAUGGGGUGGGCGCACCGCUGCCCGCUCCUCCCCGCCGCCGGAGCCGCAGGUCGUGCGGAGUCGCCCCAUGGGAUAA